ACGAUCUGGUCCUGAAGGUGGCUGAGCUGCUGUGCAGUAAAGCCGAGCACGACAGCCGAGCCGAGUUCUGGGUGGAGAAAGCGUCCAGGCUCCUGCCGGGACACCCGGGCGUCUUCGAUCUGAGGGAGAAGCUUCUGAGCGCUCAGAGCGGCUCUAACCAGCUGUACGAGCUGCUGCAGUCGGAGCUCAAGCUGCGGCCCGCAGACACCUACAUCAACCACAAGCUGGUGCAGCUCUACAGCGCCGAGGGCCGGCACCAGGACGCUGUCAAACACUGCCUCGCCGUGGAGAAGGCCGGCGUCCUGAGACACUGUCUGGAGUGGUACCAGCUGUUGGUCAGCACCCUGCAGGAGUAUCUCCGCCAGCCAAGAGUAUUGUCGAACGAACAGGCAUCACGCAAGUUUUACAAAGAGCUGCUGCUGGCUCAGUGCAGCUGUGUGAGACUGACACUAAUGAUGAAGGACUGUGAGGAGAGCACCGCUGCACUCAAGAGUUUCGACUGUGCAAUGCAGGAUCUAAAGAACACGGCCACAAAUACGGCCGAUGAGCUGGCGGAGGUGUUUACGGAGAUGAGGGCGCACCUGUACUUGUCUGCCGGGACACUGCUGCUGAAGAGGGCGCAGGAAGGGUCACAGCAGUGGAGGACCGUGCUGCAUCUGUCUGCUCUCUGUUAUCUCGUAGCCUAUCAGGCUCCGAGACCCAAAGUCAAGAGCUUGAAGAGCGAGCAGGCGUCUCAUGAGCCUCUGGAGCUGCUGGCCUGUGAUCGUCAGAGUCAGGCGGGCCACAUGCUGCUGAACCUGAGCCGGGACGUGGAGCAGCUGCUGAAGGAUGUGGUGGAGGCGUUCGGGAACCGGAGUGGCCCAGGUUUUCUAUUUGAGCAGCUGUUCGGCUCUCAGAAGCAGCAGCAGCCCUCCUUUAUCUGCAGCGAUGACAUUCACGUCCUCCAUGUACAGGCGCCCAAAGCUGCCGAUCUGGCCAAGUGGGACAGUGGAGCGGUGCUGCAGCAUGCCGGUGAUCUGCAGCAGCUGGCGUGGCUCGGCCUGCAGUGGGUGCUCAUGGGUCAAAGUGCGAGUCUGCAGGACUGGCUCAAGCAGCUCUUCCCUCGCCUCACACUCGAGACCUCCAAACUGGACACCAACACGCCGGAAUCCAUCUGCCUGCUGGACCUGGAGGUGUUCUUGUGUGGCGUGGUGUUCUGCUGUCAGACACAGGUGCAGGAGAGGGCAAAGAUGGAGUCUUGCUCUCAGCUGUACGAGCCGCGCUGUCUGCCGCUGCACAUCAUCAAGCUGCUGUCGUCUGACAGACAGAGAGAGUGGUGGGAUGCCGUCUACAGCCUGAUUCACAAGAGAGCGCAGCCCGGGACAUCUGCUAAACUGCGUCUGGUCGUUCAGCACGGUUUGGGCACGCUGCACGCCAGAGAGAAACAUGGCCUUCAGCCGGCUCUGCUCAUACACUGGGCUAAACAUCUCAGUGACACGGCUGAGCGGGUGAACUCCUACUACGAUCAGAAGGAGUACACUGGACGUAGUGUGCACUACUGGAAGGUGGAUCCUCUGCUGGAGAAGGUCAAACACAAACGCAGCAUUCCUGAGCCCCUCCAGCCUAUGUUCAUGCACUUUCAGAGCAGAGACAUACAGCCUUCUCAGGUGCGAGUGUAUGAAGAAGAUGCCAUCAUAAGCUUCGCCACACUCCUUGACAUCGAAGGCAACACCGAGGAGGCCAUCGCGAAGCUGGAGCAGCUCAACAGCGUCUCGUCUAACUGGCAUCUGGCAAAGAUCUAUCAGAGACUGUCAGAGGAAGCAGGAAACGGACUCGAGGAGACUCAGGGCAGGUGCGCCAACUUCCUCCAGAAGUUCAGGAAAUACUUGACCAAGCUUUAUCAGGCCAAUGCAGACGAUAUGGAGAAGUUACCUGUAUCUAUGGAGGAGGUGAUGGAUUUGUUGAAUGAGGUCAACCAGCAGCUUGAAGAUGUUGGUGAGGUGGAGGAAGAUCAGGUGGACUAUCCUGUGACAUCCAGCCCCGGUCAGCCCGCUGAAGGCCAUGUUAAAUUCUCCACUCCUUCGCCAUCCAAGAGUGUCACCUCACCGUCUAAAAGAUCUGUGUUCUCCCCCAAAACACCUCCUCACUGGGUGGAGGACCAGAAGUCUCUGCUGCAGAUGUUAUGCCAGCAGGUCGAGGCAUUGAAGAAUGAGGUUCAUGACCUGCGCCAUAAUUCUUCAGAUGCAACAGCUUCCUCAUAUAGGAUGUAUCGAGACAACUAUACUGCAGAAGGACUUCAGGAAACAUUUCCUCCAGCACAGACAUUCCACGGUGUUCCUCUCACUGUUGCUACUACAGGUCCAUCUGUGUACUACAAUCAGUCUCCAGCAUAUAAUUCGCAGUAUCUUCUGCGCACUGCUGCAAAUGUCACACCGACAAAGGGCCCAGUAUAUGGGAUGAAUCGUCUUCCUCCUCCACAGCAGCAUAUGUAUGGCUACCAACAAUCAACACACACUCCACCUCUCCAGUCAACACCUGCAUGCAUGUAUCCUCAAGAGCAGGUCUUUGGUCCUCCCAUCCGGUUUGAGUCACCAGCUACAUCAUUGCUCUCCCCGUACAGUGAGGAUUAUUACGGUCACAAUGUUCCUCAGCCCACAGUCAAUCCAACAUUGCCAGAGCCUGGAUAUUUCACUAAGCCAUGUGCUGUUUCAUCCACACAGCCGUCCAAGAGCACUGAUAGCAAGCCUGCUGACCCCAAGAUCAAUUUUGGCUCUCAGUUUACAGGUGAACCUGCUAAGGUUCCCAACUUUGGAGGAGUAGCUGCUGUUCCAACAACAACGGCAACAGCAACAACUGCAUUCAAGUUCAACUCCAAUUUCAAGUCCAAUGAUGGUGAUUUCACCUUCUCCUCUGCUCAGGUGAAACAUAGCGAAAGCCUCUUGGGUCUUCUGACAUCAGAUAUUCCUCCCAAAGCAGAGGUUCUGUCAGAACCAAAACAUCAGACCCAAGAUCAGCAGUCUAGCCAGAGCGGAGUCUUUACCUUUGGCAGUAAAACUGCAGCAGGAUUUUCAUUCACUGAUGGUGCUCAGAACAAGAUGAGUAUUUUUGGCAACGCUGACCAAAGAUUUGGCUUUACAAGUGGAACCAAGCCGAUAUCAGGAACAGAGGCUCGGGAAGAGAAAAGUGGGGAAAGUGACAAUGAUAGCACCCACGUGGAGGAGGACGAGGAUGGGCCUCAUUUUGAGCCUAUUGUCCCUCUACCUGAUAAAGUCGAUGUGAAAACUGGUGAGGAGGAGGAAGAGGAGAUGUUCUGUAAGAGAGCAAAACUCUUCCGAUUUGACUCAGAGACUAAAGAGUGGAAAGAGAGGGGCAUUGGUAGUAUAAAAAUCCUUAAACACAAAACCUCUGGGAAAGUUCGUCUGUUGAUGAGGAGGGAACAGGUUCUGAAAAUCUGCGCAAAUCACUAUAUCACUGCCGACAUGGCCCUCAAACCAAAUGCUGGAUCGGACAAAUCCUGGGUGUGGUACGCUAUGGACUAUGCAGAUGAAAUGCCAAAAACGGAGCAGUUGGCCAUUCGUUUUAAAACGUCAGACGAGGCGGCACUGUUUAAAGUUCAAUUUGAGGAAGCUCAAAAGUUCCUUUUGGAAUCCCUACAAGAACCGCAAACUGAAAAGAAAAGUGAAACUCCACAGCCUCAGGUUUCAUCCAAAGAAGUGGAUCUCAAAGCCCUGUUUUCCAAGAAGGAGGGUGAAUGGGACUGUGAGGUGUGCUGUGUAAGAAACACUCCCACGUCUGCAGUGUGUGUGGCCUGCAGCAGUGCAGCUCCUUCUACAGCACCGGUCAAACCUGUAGAGGAACCCAAAGGCUCUGGUCCUAUGGCUCCUCCUGCCAAAUUGUUUUCAUUUGGACUCUCUGGAGAUUCAGCUAAGAACUCCACCAGCACUGAUGUCAGCUCGAAGGGCUUCACGUUUGGAUCUCAAAUACCAGUUUCUUUUAAGUUUGGAUUUAAGGAUGCUGUUGGGACAUCUGCUGGCUUUGGACCUCAGGCUGAAAAGAAAACAGUUCAGGCUGAUGCACCACAACAAGAGAAAGUAUCAACAGCUCCAGCAGUCCCAUUUGGCACUGGAUUUGGUGCUCAGUUUGCCAAGAAAGAGGGUCAGUGGGACUGUGAGUCCUGCCUCGUGAGGAAUGAUGCCUCAGAAACUGAAUGUGUUGCGUGCAAAGCCCCCUGCAGCACUGUAAAAUCUAAUGCAACACCACAAGGUGGGCUAGCUGCCAUGUUUGCUAAAAAUGGACAGUGGGAUUGUGACACUUGCCUGGUAAGAAACGAAAGCUCAUCUAGCCAUUGUGUUUCAUGUCAGACAGCAAACCCAAAUACGAAAAACAAGACCUCUUCUGCAUCGAGUUCCUCUUUUAGCUUCAGUUUUGGUAGUUCUAGUAGCCAACCUGCUGCGACAGGAUUUAAUGCCAAUUUCAAUGCAGGCACUGCUUUUAAGUUCGGCACAAGUAAGGAAAAAGUUUCUUCAGAAGGCUUUAAGUUUGAGUCCUCCACAACUGAUGCUGAAAAGUCAUCAGGCAGUUAGUUUUCAUUUUCCAUGUCUGCACCUGUUGGCGGAUUUAAGUUUGGCAUUGCAGAUUCUGAGGCAAAACCAUCAGAUGAACAGUCCCAAAAUGGGUCUGCUUCUGACCUUCUCAAAAAUAUUGCUGAGCUUCACAAAGAGAAAGAAAAAGAGGCAGCCCCAAGUUCCUCAGAUCAGUCUGUAGAUACUGAUAGUCAUGAUAAUAAUCCCCUCUUUACUGGUAAGCCUGACUCCUGUAGUUUUGCUGACUUGGCAAAGUCACAAGGAAGUUUUCAGUUUGGCCAAGAUCCCACUUUCAAAGGCUUUGAUGGGGCUGGCCAGCAGCUCUUUACCGGGUUUAAUUCUGGGCCCAAGACUGACAUCUCUGGUGAUCAAGAUGAUGACAUGUACAAAACUGAGGAGAAUGACGAUAUUCAGUUUGAACCUGUUGUUCAGAUGCCAGAGAAGGUUGACCUUGUUACAGGCGAAGAAGAUGAAAAAAUCUUGUAUUCACAGCGUGUCAAGCUCUUCAGAUUUGAUACAGAAACAAACCAAUGGAAGGAAAGAGGAGUCGGCAACCUUAAGCUUCUCAAGAAUAACCAGAACGGGAGACUGCGAAUUCUUAUGAGGAGAGAGCAAGUGUUGAAAGUGUGUGCUAAUCAUUGGAUAACAACCACAAUGAACUUAAAGCCCCUCUCUGGCUCGGAUCGAGCCUGGAUGUGGCUGGCCAGUGACUUCUCAGAUGGAGAUGCAAAAUUAGAACAACUUGCAGCAAAAUUCAAGACACCAGAGCUUGCAGAAGAAUUCAAACUAAAAUUUGAGGAGUGUCAGCGACUGCUUUUGGAUAUUCCUUUGCAGACCCCUCACAAGCUUGUGAACACUGGCAGAACGGCCCAGCUCAUACAGAAAGCUGAAGAAAUGAAAUCUGGUCUUAAGGACCUCAAAUCAUUCUUGACUUACCAAAACAAGGAUGAGGAAAAUGCAGAUACAAGCCAUAGUACCUCUGCAGCUGUAGUGAAGCUCAACCCUGAUAGCACCGCACCCACUUUAGAGUGGGAUAAUUAUGAUUUAAGAGAGGAAGUGCAUGAGGACUACGCUAGCUCUGCUGUGGAUAAUACUCCUUCCCAGCCUGAUCCAGUAGCAAAUUUAUUCCGCUUUGGUGAAUCAUCCACAGGGUUUAGUUUCAGCUUUCAGCCUAUUCUCAGUCCCUCUAAGUCUCCAUCUAAGCUAAACCAGAGCCAGGCUUCUGUCGGUACGGAUGAUGAGCAGGAUGUGACGCAGGAGGAAGAGCGAGAUGGUCAGUACUUUGAGCCUGUUGUGCCACUGCCAGAUCUUGUGGAAGUCUCAACAGGAGAGGAGAAUGAACAAGUCCUCUUCAGUCACCGGGCUAAACUAUACCGCUACGAUAAAGAUCUUAGUCAGUGGAAGGAACGAGGUAUAGGGGAUCUUAAAAUACUGCAAAACCAUGAAACAAAGCGUGUCAGACUUGUGAUGAGACGGGACCAGGUCCUCAAACUGUGUGCAAACCAUUGGAUUGCUUCCAAUAUGAAGCUCAAGCCCAUGAAAGGAGCUGAGAAAGCGUGGAUCUGGAGUGCCUUUGAUUUUGCUGAAGGACAGGGCAAGGUGGAACAGCUGGCUGUUCGAUUUAAACUGCAGGAAACUGCAAGUGCUUUCAAAGAAAUCUUUGAAGAGGCAAAGACUGCACAGGAAGAAGACAAACUCUUAACCCCAUUUUCUGCCAGAAUACCUGCCUCCACCCAGGAGAUGCUUUGUGGCACAGCUGCAGUUGCUGUACUUGAGGAAAUCACAAAAGAACGUACUGGACUCUCUGAGGAAAGCAGUCCAAAACCGGAUCAUACCCCUCAAAGCACCAAGAUUGUGGUCUCUCCUCCAAAGUUUGUCUUUGGGUCAGACUCUGUGCAGAAGAUCUUUGGAAGCCCUUCUCCAUCAAAAGAGAAAUCCCCAGUUAUGAUUUCCAGUUCAAAAGAUGAGGACACAGGUGCCUCGAGACUGAAGACCUCUGCACCAGCAGUGACCAGUCAGUCAUCAGUUGGGACACCUUUCAGCAUACCAACAAGUUUGGAUUUUAGGCUUUUCAAAAAUAAUCCUAUGGCUUUUUGGACCUGCACAUCAGCCAACCAGUUUGAAGCCCAAGGUAUUUCAGGUCACCAUUUACUGUGGCAUAUAGAGCUCUCACUGACUGGCAUGAGCCAGGAGACCUGACCUUGGCUGAAUGUUGUGAUAACCCAACAUUACUCAAUCCAAACAUUUGCAUGGUCUGAAAUCUGCUAAC